AGAAAAAUUUUGUGUCCUUAACUUGAUUCCUUCUGUCGAGAGAAAAUAAAAGAACGGACUAAGCUAUACAUUCCAGGUCUUAAAAAUCAUUUUGCAAAGCAGGGCUCGGGAAUCCCGGGGACGGUCGAGAACUUGACCCAUUGGACCACUACGAAGUCCCAAAAAUAGCAGCCCAAUUCAGCGGAUAGACAACUCCUUAGAUUAGUCCAAACGAAGCCAAAGAGAAGAAAAAAACUACGCCAUUCUCCAAUUACCAGCGGCGGAACAACAGAGUAUAGGAUUUGGACUCAGAUUUGGAGUCCUAACCUGAGAAGAACUCAAUCGCAGCCUACUUCUAGUUUAAUCGCACAAGUACGACGCAAGAAGAGGCAGGGCACAUCAAAAGAAGCUGCCACGUGUCAUUAUUUCGUUCGUCCGUCUGGGCGGCACCUUCCCUAUAUAAGGCAAGGUUCCCCCUUGAAUUUCCUCACUUGCAAAUCAUCAACUAAAAAACUGCCUGGCUGCUUCUGCUUCUUCACGAGUCCUCCGAGUCCUCUUAUUCCAAGUAAGUCUCUUUCUUUCCUCUUCUUCGAGUCAUGUCUGACCACGAAGACAGCCAGAACCCUUCCGUCCACUCUUACGGUUCUGGUGACCGGUCCCAGACUUCUGGUUCCUCUUCUUCUUCCUCUGAUUCUGAGCACCCGGUUACUUCUCCACAGAAGAAGCCGGUUGAUGCUUCCACUUGCGCUCCUUCUACUUCCGUGGCGCAAGUGGUCUCGGUUGCUCAACCCGAGGAUGAGGGUUUUAUUCAGCUGGACGAUCGAUUGCUCCAAACGCAAUCGUCGGUCAUGCAGAAGGCCCAAAUCCACGAGGUGCGCAACCUGAUGCCGGAGGGGUACCAAUUGACCUACCCGGCAACGUGGAAGAGCAUCAUUUCUCUCGAUGUCGGUACGUCGAUUGGUAUCCAUUACCAUUCCAUCAAGGACCUGGGUGAAUUCUCUAUUCACCCAUUCAAAGUCCUUUUCCUUGAGACAUACGGUAUCAUGCCCGGGCAGCUGGCCCCUAAUGGUCACCGUCUGAUAGGCAGUUUCAUCAAUGUCUGCCGGUUUCUUCGUAUUCCUCUCUUCCUCCGUCUCUUCGACCAUAUGUUCGAUGUCCGGCCCGGGUCCAAGGAAACCCUUGGAUUCGUGGUAGUGUCUUCUCAUCAAGGCCGGGCAUUCCUCUGUGGCCUUCCUCCUUCUAACAAGAAGUGGAAGGACAAAUACGCGUCCAUCAAAUUCCCCCCGGCUGCUUUUCCUUUUGCCCAGAAUGUCUGGGGGAAGAGAAUGAAGCGCCAGGUCAAACCAGCGGAGGCCGAUGACCUGGUUGCUUGGGAAGCCACUCUCCGGGCCGAGGAUGCCUCCACCCGCAGCCUAUACCAUGUAGGGAAGUGGAGUGUUUAUCCCGGCCGGGAGACUGAUCCUGAACCGGAGAUUGUCUUGCCCGGGGCGAUCCCCGAAGCCAUCCCCAUCCGCCGGGUGAGGGGAUCCAAAGCACUGGCCACUGCCACCGCCGGUCCUUCACGCCCGGCGAAGAAGAAGAAAGAGAAAGAUACCUUCGAGUUCGACACCCUGAUGGGGGAGACCGGGCAUACCUCCCAGGCCGGGUUGGCAGGCCAACUUAACGAGGACGACGAAGGCGAGGAAGAGGCUGCCGGAGAGUCCCUUCAACAGAAGAGGCGGAAGAUUGAGGAGGUCAACCAGCCAUCCCACCAGGGGGCCCAGUCCUCCGACGCCGGCAAGGGGCUAAUCGUGCCUCGAUCCCAGGCUUUGAUGUCUAGCCGGAUCGGGGAAGAGUAUUUCGCCCGGUUGGUGAAAUCGAAGGAUGAGGAGAGGGCCAGGAUGGAGGCCAUGAUGGUCGAGUGUCGGAAGGAAGCCCAGGCUGCCCGGGCCAAGGCAGAGAAGAUAGAGGGCAAAUGGACAGAGCACUGCGCGGUCUACCGCCAGCUCUAUGCCAAGCACGAUGGUCUCUUUAAGGCUGCAAAAGAGGCCGAGGAUCAAGCUCAGGAGAAGAUCCAAAAGCUAGAGGCUGAAAACGCCCGGGCUGCAGAGGAGGUCCAAAAGCUGGAGGCCGAGAACGCCCGGUCUGCGGAGGAGAUUGCUCGGCUCGAAGACGAGCUGGCAAAGGAGCGGGCGGAGCGUGCUGCCCUUUCCGCUGCCUAGGCUGUUCAAGAGCCUGAGGAGUUCGCCGCUCAAGCGCUACCUGACCGGGAGACAGCCAUCUGCUUCUUCCAAGGGCUAUACAAGCACAAAGUCUCGGCCGGGAUUGUCGACGAGAUCGGGACCUUUGGCUUUGAGACCGGUCAGUACGCUGAGCGACGGGCCCUCUAUGGCAUCCUUGAGCAAAGGGUCCAAGGUUUUAAACCAAAGGUUCUCUCUCUGCCCGAGCUACAUGAUGAGGAACCAGUCCCUCCAUUCCCGGGAAUCUGAUCCCC